AUGAAGCAAAUGACUUCUGGAAAUGAUUCAUUUGUGACUGAAUUCCUUCUAUUGGGAUUAACAGACCAACCAGAUCUCCAACUCCCCUUGUUCUUCCUGUUCCUAGUAAUAUAUACAGUCACUGUGUUGGGAAACUUGGGCAUGAUAAUUUUAAUUGGGAUGAAUUCACAUCUACACACUCCCAUGUACUUUUUCCUCUUUCACUUGUCCUUCAUAGAUUUAUGCUACUCUUCUGUGUUUACACCAAAAAUGCUAAUUGCCUUCAUAUCAAAGAAUAAUAUUAUUUCUUACGUGGGGUGCAUGACCCAGCUUUACUUUUUGUGUUUUUUUGCUAUUUCUGAAAUCUAUGUGCUGACAUCAAUGGCCUAUGAUCGCUAUGUGGCCAUCUGUAACCCACUUUUGUAUAAUGUUAUCAUGUCCCCUAAAGUGUGUACCAGCCUUGUCCUUGGUUCCUACUUGAUGGCAUUUUCUGGUGCCAUGGCUCACACUGGAAACAUGCUGACACUGACCUUCUGUGAUGCAAACAUCAUCAACCAUUUUUUCUGUGACAUGCUCUCUCUUCUCCAACUCUCCUGCACAAGUAACCAGGUCAAUGAACUGGUAAUUUUCAUUGUGGUGGGCAUCAAUAUCAUUGUACCCAGUCUCACCAUCUUUGUCUCUUAUGGUCUCAUCUUCUCCAGCAUCCUCCACAUCAAGUCCAUGGAAGGAAGAUCCAAAGCCCUCAGCACCUGCAGUUCCCACAUAAUUGCUGUUUCCCUGUUCUUUGGAUCAGCUGCAUUUGUGUAUUUCAAACCAUCUUCUGCUGGGUCCAAGGAUGAGGGGAAAAUUUCUUCUGUCUUUUAUACCAAUACUGUUCCCUUGCUGAACCCUUUAAUUUAUAGCUUUAGGAACAAAGACGUUAAGCGUGCUCUGAAAAAAACCCUGAAUAGGAGACAGUUUUGA